GGCGUUCGGUAUAAAUAUGGACGUUUCUGUGAACACGGACAAGACGGAGAAGCAGGAAAAGUCCAGUGAGAGUCAGAUCUCGGUUCAAGACGUGACAAUGGCAACACGGGUGCUCUCUCUCCUCUGUGCCUUCGCGGUUCUCUCGCUUUCCUCUGCGUGUUACAUCCAGAACUGCCCCAGAGGAGGGAAGCGUUCAUUUCCGGACGCCGCCCUCAGGCAGUGUAUGGCGUGCGGUCCUGGAGAUAAGGGCCGGUGUUUCGGCCCCGGCAUCUGCUGCGGGGAAGGACUGGGCUGCGUGAUCGGAUCUUCGGUGACGGCUCGCUGUAUGGAGGAAGAAUACCUGUCCUCGCCGUGUGAGGCUGGAGGAAAGCCGUGCGGACCUGACGAGGGUCGCUGCGCCGCACCCGGGGUUUGCUGCGACUCGGACGGCUGUACGCUGGAUUCAGACUGCGUGGACGGGAGUGAACAUGAAGACGUGGCUGAAAGGAAGAGCUUCCUGGGCGGGUCACGGGGAGAGCUGCUGUUGCAUAUCCUCCAUCCUGACAGGGCACGCAGUGCAUACUAACUCCUUCAACACACACACACACACACACACACACACACACACAAACACUCCCACAGUGUAGUACAGACAAGUAGAUCUGUUUAUGCACACGAUUUACUCUGAAACACACACAGACGAUGAGUUUAGGAGUUCCAGCUCGCUGAAUCUUCACCGUAUGCAGUAUGUUGAAAUGCUUAUAUGGAAAUAUGCACUGUACAUCUAUCUACAUAGAGUGUAAAUACAGUAUAUAGCCAAUAAAACUGUCAGCACUG